AGCUCAGUCGCCCACAUUUAUCCUGGGGUUUCAAGUGUGAAGUCCUGCUUGAUAUGGAAGUAUUUCAAACAGUUUUGACUUGAUACAGAAUCAGCUCUUUCAGGAAUGUGUUUUACCGAGAAUAAUGGCCAACGAGAGUUUGUCAUUCAAAGGGCCUUAGCUUGUACAGUGACCAUUGUUUUGGAAUGCAGACUUACAGGUAAUUGACAGCUGUGGUUGGGUGUGUGCAGGGCUUGUGUGCCUAACAGCAAUGGGAGUUAAAGGUGUAACCACAGAGUGCUUAGGAGGGAGGGCUGAAGUGGAGGUACAGCCAGAGGCAGAGUCACAGAGGGGUGGAACUGACAGAGGGGGCGAGGUUGUCAGGGAAAGGGAAAUGAGAGAGUAAGCAAGAUUGUGCCUGCAACACAGAUUCACUGAGAGUACAGCUGACUUUAAAAGAAGGCAGCCAUGGUUGGACACAAACUGGAGGAGAGAACAAGGAGCGAGUAGGAAAACAACAAGCCAUCAGCAGCCAUCCUCGGCCACCUUAUCUUUCCCAUCUAUAUACGGAAACCACUGGAUUAUUUAUAAGCCUCUCCCUCUCGCUCUCUCUCUCUGUGUGUGUGUGAGAGAGGGAGAUUGUGCUGCGCUCACCCACACCAUGCUGUGUCCUGCUGCUGUCAGUGCGGCUGUCUGGCUGCUGGCUGUGCUGGGCCCGGGCUUGUCGCUACCAACUGAGGACAACCCAGAGCCAGGUUUCAGUGAGUGCACCCACUGCUUCUACAGACAGACGCCUCCUCCGGGAGCCUCUGCAGGGCUGCUCUGCCACAGCCUGCCUGGGGGACAGGCGUUUGCCUCUCUCUCCAAACCGACCUGUCACACUGCCGUCUUCUGGGCCUUCCAUCUCGGCCACGGAUGGACAGAGAAGGAGGGGGGAGAGCUUGUGACAAACGAAGAAGAAGAAAACACAAAAGUGGCAGUACCAGCCCUUCUCAGAGGAGGCGGGGAUCCAUCUCAUGCUGUCUCCCCACUUCAACACUGGGACUCGACAGUCACAACACUGGUCCAGUCAAGCAUCUAUCCCCAGUGCAGCACUUUGGGGGGCGAUCUCUACAUCCUGACCGGGGUAGGAGGUGACAGGGAUGCUGAGGAUGCUGAGAUUGGAUUUGAUGACUGUCAGCUGAAGCUGCUGCUGUGGACUGCAGUGUGCUGCACUGUCCCAGAGGGGAAUAGUGGAUUCAGUAUGGGGUUAAUCAGAGAGACAGGGAAAGGGGAGAGGCAAGUGAGCGUGAAGGAGCUGGAGGAGAUUCUCGGAGUGGCAGAGCUGUUCUCAGAGGGCUGUGGAGGAGCAGAUGGGGAGACUGUUGGAAUCAGAGAGGGCCUUCACAGUGAGGGGCUCCCUGGAAACAUAGCAAAGUUGGAUUCAGAUCUUACUGGUGAAAACACAGGAGAUAAAGAUGUAGAUUCAAACACUGCUGGUCGAGUCACUGAAGAAGAGGAGGUUGGUUCAGCUGCCACUGUAGAAGAGGAAGCUGGUUCAGCUGCCACUAAAGGAGUGGAGGCUGGUUUAGGUGCCACUAAAGGAGAGGAGGCUGGUUUAGGUGCCACUAAACGAGAGGAGGCUGGUUUAGGGGCAACUGAAGGUAACAAGGUCGGUUCAAGUGCUACUAAAAGAGAAACGGUUGGUUCCAGUCCCACUGAAGGAGACGAGGUUGGUUCAAGUGCCACUGAAGGAAUCGAUCUGCGUGAUGUGACACAUUCAAAAGCUGUCAGAUCAGGAUCUCCUGAGUCCUCAGCUGACUAUGAAACUGUGGAUGACCAAGAGACAGACACAAACUCCAGCAGCACUCUGGUGUACGUCCUCUCCACCACCUUGUCCUUCCUUAAAGCUCCGCUGCAGCCGUUGUUCUCCACUGUCACUAAUCUUCCUGGACAGGUGACAUACGUUCUCCAGGAAGACCUUGGGGUUCUGUCUGCAAUUCCUGGUGAAACCUUCUCGCUGCUCCACCUCUUGACUUCUGACCUCUUGUCUUGGACCGGCUCAGCUGGAGAAACGCUACUGGGUGUCGGGGAAAACUUCUGCUCCAGCAUCUACUACUGCUCCUCUUCCAUGCUGGAGGCCCUGCUAAACAGCUGCCACACUGGGGUCACUGGCAUGGGGACCCUGGCUGGAGACACAGUGGGGAUAUUCAGAGGCGCAUUGGAUAAUACUUGGUGGGUGACCAAGUUCUUUGGAGGCCGGCUGUGGGAGCAGAGCGAGGGUUAUGUAGGAACAGUGAUGUCAGAGAUGGGGGGUCAGGCGAAAGCUGUAGGUGGAGGGUUUGGGAGCCUGGCGUGGAGGAGUGGAAAUGGGAUGGGGAAUGUGUUUAGACUGGGAGGGGGUUUAGUAAUGGGGAUGGUGGAUAUGGUCAUUGGUGCGGUAAGAGGGGCUUUUGGGCAGGAGUCAGAGUGAAAAGUGGAACAAAAGUCCACAUGAAGCUAUUAGUGACAAACUUUUUUUUCUCAGGUUUUGUUUUUAUUUUUUUAGCAGGUGAGAGUGUGAAAAAGGGGGGACUAUUUCAGCUUGAUGUCAUUUGAACCUCAGCUGUUAGGAUAAGGAAAGCCAUAUGUUUCUAAAUCCAAUUUAGUGAAUUACAGAUAUCUUACACUGUAGGUCUUACACUUCGCUGUGGCUGGCUGUCCAAAUAAUCUGCUGCUGGGAUAAGUGACCCCACUGAUUCAAAAAACACUGUGCACAAGGCUUUUGGAUGUAAUUAUUCAAAACAAUUCCUGUAUGAUAAUUGUUGUAUUAAAUGUUUGCUUACAUGUACAUUUUAA